AUUUUGUGCAAUGAAAAAAUUGUAUAGAACUGCAUAUUAUGUUCGUAAAUAAUCCCGCAUUAUGUAAUUCAAAGGAAUAAUAUAUAAUGGUGAUAUGAUUAAUAUACUAAUGAAGAAUAAAAUGUGCGCCAGAUGGCGCAGUUCCUGCAACUGGCCGGAAUUGAAGCUGUACUGUGGCUGUUUGGAACUUAAGACUGGGAUUAUUAUAUACAGUAUUAUUAACUUGAUAUUGAUUAUAGUACUAAGCAUAGCAAAUGCUUUGGCGUUAGGAUAUCUUAUAAACGUGAAAACUCUAGUAAAAGAACUAACACCAGAUGACGUAUCAAAUCAUUUCAAUGUCACUUUCACUGAUGACGAUCUCCGUUCUGUUCAGAGCUUAUUCAAAGUUUUCAUCAUCUACAUUGUAUUAUGGAUGGUACUGAAGGCUAUCUACUCUUUAGCACUUAUUUGGAUCAUGUAUUCACUAAUAUUUAAAAAACCAAAGUUGCUGAAGUUAAUGCUAUACGUUAUUAUAGUUAAUUGGUCGUUUGAUAUAAUUGUGCUGAUCGGAGGUGUCAUAGUCCUGAAAACUGAGUACCAAAUAGCAUCCCUGAUAAUAACACUAACUGAGGGCUACAACUUGAUAGCAAUAAACAGCCAGUACAAAAGGUUCACCUUCAAAUCCAGAAUAGUUCCAGAAGAACACUUGAACAGGGCUGCUACACAUACGAACAUACAAGCAUUGACGACAAACAAUGUCCUCCGGAUCACACAGUACGAGCAACCCCACUGCCAAACCUGUUCAUGCUUACUAUCUCCAACAACUGAAACUAGUGAUAUAACUCUUCCUGUAACUGAAUCCCCAGUAACUACGAACUCAAUCACAGAUUUCGAAAAUCCGACGAAUGCCAAAACUAUGAAUCUAAAAGACAUGCCGAUAAUAUUUAAUCAAGAACAACUUCAAGUUACUGGUAGUCCACUUUAUGUUGCAAAUGGAAGCGAUGACGGGGAUGUUUUCCGACCUGAACGUCCUACAACAUUGGAACUUAGAUCUAAUAUUAAUAGGGAUAUGAAUAGCUGUGUGAAUUAUGAUGAAACAAUGACAAGACACAAUGAGUAGUGAAACUAAUAGAGAUUAGAUUAUAUCCAUGCACAAAAAUGAGCUUGUAAGUUGAGGGUUGUGGUAAUUACUACUCUAGGAGCAGAUGCUUCAUACAUUCAUUCAACUUAUUAUGAAGUAAUAAUAUUUAUAAUAGCUUUCUAAGAAUUUUUUAUAAGAAUUGUGAUAAUAAUUUUAGAGAUUAUGUACUCGUCAACGCAUUCGUGUUGCAUUCAAGAGUUACCUUGAAUGACAAUCCGUCAUUAUCUGAGACUAACCUUUUUGUAUGGUUUUCAUACGGAAACAUUCUUCUAUCUAGAUAAUUGGGUGUUGUGACCUAAAAUAUAUGUAUAUAAGUGAAGUUAUUUUAAUAAAGGUCAGUAUAAAGAAAUAAAGAGACAUAAAUAUCUUAUCUGUUUUUUGUUUAUACUGAACGGGGCAUUGCAACGCAUGCCGGGUACAGCUUAUUAGCUUAAUAAAAUGUGUUAAGUUAUUGUAUUAUAAUAAUAUUUGAGUCUGUGAUUUGUGUGUUGUAAUAAAAUCAAUAAUCUUUAAGUAGAACAUCUUCGAUAAAUAUAAGGCGGCACAAGUGGGAAGAGUCGGUGUGGUGGGGGCAUAGGCUUUUACGUAUUGAUCGCCGGCAGAGAUUUUUAUAAUUAAAUAUUUUCUUCUUCAAUUUGCCUAUAUUUGUACUACACGGCCACAUUAUCUCUGGAGCUCGAAGGAACGUGAAGCACCCCCGUUCCCCUUUCACCCCCUCUCGCUGUCGCGUCCUGUCAGUACGGUUAGGAGUUUUAUAACAUGUACUGAUAUUUUCGUGCUCGUAUCACUGUAUUGUUUUUGAAGUUCUCAUUGUUUCGUUUUAACUUUUGUUGUUAAUAGUUCUAUAGUUUCUGAUGUUCUGUGUAGCUAUAAUAGUUUUGCCAGACAAAUAAAUACUUUUUUAUUUAA